AUGAAGGUCCCAGUUAUCUCCCCAGAUACCCCAGAUGGAGACAAGCACUACAAACCGCCAUCGCUGUUCCCCAUCGGGCCACACUUCCUGAAGUAUGAAAAUAAUCCCAUCUUGAAGCCGAAUCCCGAUAAUGAGUUUGAGGAGGCCUACAUCUACAAUGCGGCCGCCAUUGUUCUUGACGACAUGGUGUUCUUACUCUACAGAGCACAGAAUAGGGCCCGGACACUGAGCGUGGGCUUGGCAUGGCUGACUGACGGUUAUAACUUCCGUCGUUACCACAAGCCCAUCUUGUACCCUACAGAGCCCUGGGAGCAAGGAGGAGGCUGCGAGGAUCCCAGAAUCGUGAGAGAUCCCGUCUCGAAGAAGUUUAUCAUGACCUAUACCGCGUACGACCGCCAUUUGGCCCGGUUAUGUGUGGCUGAGUCCAUGGACUUGCUCCAUUGGAAGAAACAUCCACCUGUGAUCCGCGAUGACAAUUGGAGCGAGAUCUGUAACGGACUUGAUGGCUCUCAGUUCAUCCGGACGGCAUGGCUGAAGUCUGGGGCUGUGUUCGUAGACAAGCAUUGGGACGGAAAUUAUUACAUGAUUUGGGGUGAAUCCGGCUUCUACUUUGCUAAGAGCGACGAUCUUGUGAAUUGGAGACUUGUGAGCUCCAACUACUCACUGUCUUUGUACACUGUGGGGAAAUUCAACUGGCAGGACCGGUUGAUUGAGCCUGGACCAGCACCAAUAAAAAUCGAAAAUGGAAACAAGCAUCAGAACCACUAUAUUUUGUUUUACAACUCGUCCACCACGGGUGCUGGGCAGUACCCUAGAGCUACCUACACCAUUUCGCAAAUGUUGGUGGAUUAUGACAACCUUCAGGACGGACCACUUGCAAGGUUGGAGAAGCCUAUUUUGGUUCCAGAGCGUCCAAACGAGGUGACGGGCCAAGUUAACCAAGUGGUGUUUACUGAGGGGAUUGUCCAGUUCAAGGGAAAGUGGUUUUUGUAUUACGGCCAGGGCGAUUCUGAGUUAGGUGUUGCCACAUGUCCAGCAUAG